UCAUGUGAACAUUCAGCUGCUGCACGUUUGCAGAUGAUGGGAUGUUUGAAAUGUUCUCGGUGGCGGAUUGUUGUCGCCCAGAGGUCAGACAUUCAUCACUGCCGCCUGAUGCGGAAUGGAGUCGUCAUCCACCCAUCUGUUGACCACCCAGCUCAGUCGGAUUUGUCAUAACGCUUAAAAAACACGACGCUCAUUAACUCCACCGUGUGCUCUCCUCGCUGUUUACGGCGCGUUGCUCUUUCUUUGUGUCAUAAUCCGAAAUUGCACAUUGCGUGAGUCAGGACGAGGCUGCGAACAAAGAACCUCACACUGAUGCGCGACAAGCCAACCAAUUCCACCUUAAAUUCCAUUCGCGUCUGUGGUGGAGACCAAGGCGCCAUCUUCGGUCCACCUUAAGCGCACAAUGUGGCCAACGAACGCAAGCGUACCAACCAGGCUUCCGUCCUCGUUCUCCAGCCGGGGAUCGCACUCUGGCUUCCCAGCUUUGACACAGCGUCACUUGUGAAACAACAGAGGGGAAGAAAGACGCACUCGGGCCAAACCCCAUCCGCACCGACAGGAGAAGAUGUCCGAGCCCAAUAAGUACCGAGAGUGGAUCCUGGAAACAAUCGACUCUCUCCGCUCGAGGAAAGCCCGUCCGGACCUGGAGAGGAUUUGUCGAAUGGUCCGGAGACGACACGGGUCAGACCCGGACCGAACCAGGACAGAACUGGAAAAACUGAUUCAAGAGCAGACGGUGCUCAAAGUUAGCUACAAGGGGUCCAUAUCGUAUCGAAACGCGGCGAAGGUUCAGAGGAAAAGCAGAAAGAAGAGUGAGUUUACGGCCGCUGGCAGCAGCAGCAGCAGCAGCAGCGCGGAGGCAGCGAAGGAGCGGACCAAACACGAUCAUCUGAACAACAACGGCGACAGUGCGCACAGCUUCACAGACCAAGAGGAGGGAGAAGAGGACUCGGAGCCCAGCCCUGAUCCCCACACUCAAACAUCAGCCAGCGCCACCGGCAAGAAGCUCAAGUCUGCCUCCAGCCCCAGUAGCGGAAACGGGUGCCUCAGUUGUGGCGCAACAACGGACUGCGAUGUCGGGAGCGGCUGUAAAGAGGAGAAAGCAAGUGCACCGAGAGACAAGGGAUUAGGACAGCAGGGAGCGGGGGACUGCCCGGCGCCCGGUCCCGUCCAAACAACAAGCGCACACGACGGCAGCGAUCCCAGCAGGAUAACACCGAGCAAAGCCGAUGCAGCUAGCGGAGGAAAAGAGCCGGGCUUGUCCGGGGCUGACACCCAGAACAAAACUUGCUCAGGGAGCGUCAGCAACCUCCCUCAACAACAGAGACCGAAACAGACCGUGCCCCUCAAGCCCAAACUUCGAGUCGGAGGAGGGGGCACCAAAACAGCGAGGAACCACGCCAACUCCGACCUGGGCGACAGAUUGGUGGCUUCUGUACGCAGCCUGUCCGAGAAGAGCCUCCGGGGGGGCUCCGCUGCCGCGACCAGAGGCCACAUGAAGCCGCUCGGACUGAAAGAGAUUUUGGGAUAUCUUAGCACCCAGGAACGGCUGUCGGAGGAGAAGCUGACCCGAGGCAAAGUCAAAGUGGUCAUGGAGAGAGAGGUGGCGAGGGGCAGGCUGCGCAGGACCCGCUGCGGGAACAUUACUCUUCCUCUGAGGGGGAUGGUGGUGGAGGAGCCGAUGCCGAAGAAUGCGUCCGCUGACAGACUUAUAAAGAGCGCACUGCAGGACAAGCAAACGGUGAAAAAGGCGCCGUCCCCCUCUGCCCAGGAGAAUGAGCCCAUGGAAACAGCCAGUGAAGAAGAGGAACUGGAAGAGCAUGAGGAAGAGGAAGAGGAGGAGGAUCCCCGGAGUUCUGAUGAGGAUGGAGGACUAUCCCCGGUAGCCAUGACAACCGAACCAGAGCUCUUUGAGAAAACCUCGGAAGAUGCUGAGAUCCAGGCAGCAUCAAAGCAAGAGAGUUCCCCCCAGCAGCAGCAUGGUGGCAAAGGGAUAUCCACACUGGAUCCCGUUACAAGGCAGCCGCCAUGUCCACCUGUGCAGGCAGCUUCCCUGACACAAUGUAACAGCGCUCACUUGGAGGAGAACAGAGCUUGCACCCCCAAUCAGCUAAAUAUGGAGGCACAUAAUCAGAUGCAGCGUGACAGAGACAACCACAGCUCUUCAAGUUUCAACAGUAUGGAGUCCAAGACAGAGGUCGGUGUGUCGUCCUGCCUGCUCACACCCACUGCCUCACCGAGAGACUCCAGCAUAUCUGAGGAACGAGGGAUGAACGGAGGAGUCAGCAGUGGAGGGUUUGUGAAAUCUGAAGGGGCAAGUGGGAGCCCAGUGGACUGGACAGUGUCUGAUGUGGUCAGUUAUUUCACAGCAGCAGGUUUCCCUGAGCAGGCUGCUGCCUUCAGGACCCAGGAAAUCGAUGGCAAGUCUCUUCUCCUCAUGCAGCGUAAUGAUGUUUUGACUGGCCUGUCAAUCAGACUCGGUCCCGCCCUCAAGAUCUAUGAGCGUCAUGUAAAGGUUCUGCAGAAAACGCACUUUGAGGAAGACGACUGCUAACAGCAGACAUGAAAUACACACAGAAACUGUUGUAUCUAUAUCUACAUAUAGCUCAAGUAAUCAUAUAAAAAUGCAUGCAUAAUAUACAAUACAUUUCGCUUUUCAUCUCAUGUCAAACAGCACACACGCACACACACCUCAGUUACUCUUCCUUCUGGCCCUCUAUGGCUGCUCUGGUCCAGAAAGGACAUACAGAAAGGAGACUGGAUUUCACAUGAAUUUUCUACUAGUCAGAGCACAAAUGUUGAAAGGAGAAAGUAGACUCAUGAAGUUUUAAGAUGCAGAGGUUCAAAGGCAAAAUCAUGCAACUUCUCUUUUUGUAUUUACAGUGAUCACAGCACUUUUUAGUUUCUAAAUUAAACUGUGUAAGACGGUUUGUUUUUAAACUGUUAUUUUGUGAUGAUCUUUAUGCGUGUUUUGAAAGAGAUCAUGUUAUUGUGUGGAAAGUUUUUUGAGGCUGAGACACAAAGGUGUCUUGGUUGUGGGUGCGUUUGUCAUUGUACCCUCUUGACAGAGGACGUCCGAUUAACAGAAACAGAUUAGAAGGUGACCAGAUUAAAGACAUUCCCAGAAACUGGAGUGUUGAGAUAAAAUCCGUUGCCAGGUUCACAACCUUGUGUAAGUUGUCGCUGCAGCAAUAAGCUGAGAAUUCCCUCUUGCUGUGAGGUGGUUGAACCUUGUCAGCUUGUAGAUCAGCAGGUGGCUGAUUCUGAAUGUUUAAAUUACACAAACAACACAUCCAUAAUAUUUUUGAACAGCUAGCCGCUAUGUUUUCUGUCCUAUGCAUCACCACACUGGGGACCAUUUAGACAAAGACAGAUUUCGAUUGUUUUCAAUCAGACCAGUCAGGCAUCGAAAUUCAGCCAUUGCGCAAAGCUGUCUAGUUCUUGACUAUUUCAAGCAGGACUAAUCAUGCAUAAAUUAAGACUUUUUUUUCAAAUGAAAAAUGACCAAACAACUGCAUAAUUUCUUCUCAACCCAGUUCUGACCACUGACUGCAUAUAAAGAUGGACAACAUCAGAGCUCCCCAAAAGUAAAGCCAAAACACCUUGAUCGCCCUCUGGUGGCAGGCCGCAGUACAGACUUUAAACCCCUCAUGUUAAACUAAAAACCCUAAACACAACGUCAAAUACAUUUUUCCCAAACAUGGUUUUCAUUUGAGAUUGUUCUUAUCACUAUGAUAUGUGCUGUUAUAGGUUCAAGUGGUAAUUUUUCUGAGAAAUUUGCAUUUUAAUUAGUAAUUUGCUUUGUAAAAGGGGUGAAACGUCAUGAUUGACAGCUGAACGCUGCUCGCGAUUGUAUCCGUAGGUAUUUUGGCUUCACAUUUGUACAGUCAAAGGAAGUGGAGGCACAGCAUCCAUUUUAAUAUAUGUCAGUGGUUCAGACCUGUUGCAAAGCAGAGAUGCGCAGCUUCUGUUUGUGGCAGGACUCAAGUACUUCUGCUAACUCAUCAGUGACAAGAUGCUGCCAAAGCCCUCACUACUGUAUUCUUCCUAAAAACUCUGGUCUUCUUAUUACCUGUUUCACGUCAUUAUUGGCAAGCCACAAAUUAUGAUCCUUGUCACCCUCCGCCAUGUGAGCCCGCCUGGUUGUAGGGUUGUAGACUUCCUGCUCAGACCAAGUCGGUGUAACUCGCGAUAGACUAAAUUAAGAUGAGGAUUAAGAGCAUAACCUAACACUAGAACUGUUUCAAAAUUGCUGAACAAGCGCUCGAGCUAACUGAACUGAAAUCAGUAGAAUAAUCAACCCUCAACUAAUGUAAUAGAGCAAAUAUGUAAAUGUAUUGAAAAUAAGUCCAUUUGAUACAUCACCUUCCAUGUGUAAAUUAUUUAAAAAAAAAAAAACAACAGUGUGAAAGAUGUUAUCACAGGGUAAAGCUGGGUCAAUCAAUCAAAUAAUCUCAUACCACCAGCAUUUUUUAACUGUUUGUCCUGGUCAAACCAAAUGCUUAUCACGAAUCUCAUUCCAACCUCGACAUUCCAGGUCUGGCAUCUCCUCUGUGCAUGAUUUGUAAAACUGACUCUCAUACUUUUAUGUUUACAUUUCUGUUUCUGGUUUUAUUUUGUGACUAUUUCCACUCUUCACACACUGAUGUUCAACUCAAUGUUUCUUUGUACGUUCUACCUCCCCUCAUUAUUGUCUUCACUUUCGCUUUGUUUGAAGCUUUUAAGACAGCGCAUUUUCAGGUUAUUGGUUGAAGGAGUACAUUACAGCAUUUGCUGCCACUGUUGUUGCAUUUGGAUUAUUUCAUUCUCAUCUGUUAAGUUUGUAGGACAGCUGUGAGUCCGGAUUCUCACCCGGGGAAUGUACAGUGCACUCAUGCCCUCAUUGCUUGUUUCAAUUUAUUUGUUAAAGAAAAAUUUUAGAAAUAAAAGUUUCAAUUAAAA